CGUAAGUUAAGGGCAAAAGGAAGAUUAAAGAAAAAUUGAAUAAAAAAUGAGAGAUGGAAGUUCAGUACCUCUUGGAUUGACUCGGGAGAGCAUUCAGAGCAUGUAUUGGCGAUGGCAAAUGUUGAGGAAUCAAGGUGCAACGGAGGCUACUAAUCUUGAAUUCUCUCAAUUGUCUAUUAUUCUUAAGGCGAUUCAGCAGGCUCAACAUGUUCGCCAUCAGAAUGUGAAACCGGUUCAAUCGACGAGAAAAUCAGAGGAACGAAAGACACCGGAGACGGGGAUGGAUAAAAAAGAAGAAGGACAAGAUACAGAAAAAGAGGAUGUUUUGGCGGGAUUAACACAGAAUACAUUUACGCCGGAACAAUUAACGACGUUGAGGAACCAGAUUUUAGCAUUUAAAUUAAUAUCGAGAAACUUACCGGUACCGGAGAAUAUUCAACAAGCACUUUUUGUGAAAAAACCCUCGGAUUUUUCGGUAUCUCAAACAAACCAAGCUAUUGCGAUGAAUUUUGGUGUUUUAGAAGAGGGAGAAAGUCUUAAUCAAAUAGAAGAUUUAAAAGAAAAAAUACAAGAUUUAGAAUCGAUAGAUAUGGUAGAACGUGAUUCGAUGGGUAUGAAAGGAAAUAAGACAUUAGGGUUAUCUACAUUAUUUAAUCAAGAAGGGAUGCAUCGUAGAAUUUUAAUACCGGGUUUAAUGCCAAGUGGAAUUGAUCCAAAAAAAGUAUCGCAAGAAAGAAAACAAGCGAUUGCACAUCGAAUGGCGAAAAGGAUUUCUGAAUUGGAAAAUUUUCCUGGCACUCUUGAAGAUAUAUAUGUUACGAAUACGGGGAAAAGGAAUCAUAAUUUUGAGAAUUUGAAUCCUUCAAGCAGGUUAAAAUUGAAAGCAUUGAUUGAAUUGAAAUCGUUAAGAUUACUUGAGAAACAAAGAAUAUUACGGGAUGAAAUUAUUUAUUCAAUGGCUCAUUUUAAUACAUUGACGGCAUCCGCUGAUAGAGCGGCGUUUAGAAGAAUGAAAAAGAGGUCUCUUAAAGAAUGCCGUCUUACUGAGGCCUUAGAAAGACAGCAUAGGACGAAUAAAGAGCAAAUACAAAAGCAGAAGCAAGUAAGCUAUCUCCAAGGUAUUUGUUCUCACGGGUAUGAUGUUAUACAACGACAAAGAUCUUUGCAAGCAAAGAUCUUUAAGCUUGGUCGAUCUGUACUUGCGUAUCAUUCGUAUAUUGAAAAGGAGGAAUCUAGGCGAUUGGAACGAACGGCAAAGCAGCGUCUUCAAGCGCUUAAAGCGGAUGAUGAAGAGGCAUACCUUAAAUUGCUUGAUCAAGCGAAAGAUACACGUAUAACUCAUUUGUUAAAGCAAACCAAUGCAUAUUUGGAAUCGCUUGCCCAGGCGGUUAAAGUUCAACAAAAUGAAUUUAGUCAUGAUGACCUUGAUUUAGCGAAUCAAGAUGAUGAUGAUGAUGAUGAUGAUAAAAAGAUCGAUUAUUAUAAUGUUGCUCAUAGGAUAAAAGAAGCCAUUAUUGAACAGCCAUCGUUAUUGCUGGGUGGAAAUUUAAAGGAAUAUCAGCUUAAAGGACUUCAAUGGAUGGUUUCUUUGUAUAAUAAUAGGCUUAAUGGGAUUCUUGCAGAUGAAAUGGGUCUUGGAAAAACGAUUCAAACGAUAUCUCUUAUUGCAUUUCUCAUAGAAAGGAAAAGACAAAACGGACCGUUUUUGGUUAUUGUACCUCUUUCAACGUUGACGAAUUGGACCUUGGAGUUUGAAAAAUGGGCCCCUUCUGUUUCAAAAAUUGUUUAUAAAGGACCACCGCUUAUUCGAAAACAUAUUCAACAUCAAAUUCGACAAGGAAAUUUUCAAGUUCUUCUAACCACAUAUGAAUAUGUUAUAAAGGAUAGGCCUGUACUUGGAAAAAUUAAAUGGGUUUAUAUGAUUGUUGAUGAAGGGCAUCGUAUGAAAAAUACACAGUCUAAACUUAGUUAUACCUUAACCACUUAUUAUUCAUCAAAAUAUCGAUUGAUUCUUACGGGUACACCUUUGCAGAAUAAUCUUCCUGAACUUUGGGCUUUAUUAAAUUUUGUUUUACCAAAAAUUUUUAAUUCAGUAAAAAGUUUUGAUGAAUGGUUCAAUACACCGUUUGCAAAUACAGGUGGUCAAGAUAAAAUAGAAUUGUCUGAAGAAGAGUCUAUUUUGGUUAUUCGUAGAUUACAUAAAGUUUUACGACCAUUUUUGUUGCGACGUCUUAAAAAAGAUGUUGAAUCAGAGUUACCCGAUAAGGUUGAAAGAGUUAUUAAAUGCAAGUUUUCUGCUCUUCAAAGUAAAUUGUAUUCUCAAAUGAGAAGAAAUGGGAUGUUAUACGUUAAUUCUGGGGAAAAAGGUCGUAAAGGUUUGCAAAACAUUGUUAUGCAGCUUCGUAAAAUAUGCAAUCAUCCUUACGUUUUUGAAGAAGUUGAAAAUAUUGUUAACCCGGAAAGAGUUAGUGAUGAUAAUCUUUGGAGAGUUUCAGGCAAAUUCGAGUUUUUAGAUAGAGUUUUGCCAAAGUUUUUUAAAACAGGACAUAGGGUGUUAAUUUUUUUUCAAAUGACUACUAUUAUGAACAUUAUGGAAGAUUAUUUGCAUUUCAAAGGGUAUAAGUACUUACGAUUAGAUGGUUCUACUAAAGCAGAUGAUCGUUCUGCUGCAAUGAAGGAAUUUAAUCAUGAAGACUCUGAUAUUUUUAUAUUUUUAUUGAGUACUCGUGCAGGUGGUUUAGGUCUUAAUUUACAAAGUGCUGACACUGUUAUUAUUUUUGAUUCUGAUUGGAAUCCUCAUCAAGAUCUUCAAGCUCAAGAUCGUGCUCAUCGUAUAGGACAAACAAAAGAAGUACGAAUAUUACGACUGAUUACGGAAAAAUCAGUUGAAGAAAAUAUUUUGGCAAGAGCUCAGUAUAAGCUCGAUAUUGAUGGAAAAGUUAUUCAAGCGGGAAAAUUUGAUAACAAGUCUACUGCAGAAGAAAGGGAAGCUUUUUUGAGAUCUUUGUUGGAAACAGAGAAUGAUGAUAAUGCUGAUGGUGGUGAGGAGAAUGAAACAUUUGACGAUGAUGAAUUGAAUGAAAUAAUUGCUCGAAAUGAUGAAGAGCUUUCUAUUUUUCGUGAAAUGGAUGAAAGAUUACGUUUAGAAUCGCCGUAUGGGCCUGGAAAAAAACUAGAACGUUUAAUGACUGAAGAUGAACUUCCUGAUGUUUAUACAAAAGAAGAAUGUCCUGAGCCGGAUGAAGUAUUAUCUGUAACUGGUAGGGGUGCUCGUGAACGUGUUCAAAUCCAUUAUGACGAUGAUCUUACGGAGGAACAAUGGCUAGAGGCUAUUGAUAAUGAUGAACUUAGUCUUGAAGAGGUAAAGCAGAAAAGGCGUGAAAAGGCUGCGAGACGCUUGGAAAAUAAAUUGAAAAAACGAAAAUUAACGUCUAAUUCAUCAAAUGGUUCUGCUUCAGGAGGCGAUGUAGUUAAACGUAAACGUGGUCGGUUAAGAAUAAAUUCUACUAAUUCUAAUGAUGACGAGCGACGAAAACGUCAAAAAGUUAUUUCUAGUUCUCAAGACAAAUCUCAAAAAACCAAAAACAAAAAUUCUGCUGAUUUAUCAAAUUCAGAUAAAUCUCUAAAAGAUAUAUUUCAAAAAUGCUAUGAUGCUAUUAUUUCAUCUGUGGAUUCUGAAACCAAUCAUUCUAGAUCCGAAAUGUUUUUGGAAUUGCCUAACAAACGAAUUUAUCCAGAUUAUUAUAUAUUGAUAAAAAAUCCUAUUGCCUUAAAUAAAAUAAAGAAACGUCUCGAUAACUCGUAUUAUACUUCACUUGAUGAUUUCAAAGCUGAUUUUCACCAAAUGUUUGAGAAUGCACGAACAUAUAAUGAAGAGGGUUCUAUGAUUUAUGACGAUGCUAAUGCUUUAGAGGAUGUAUUAAAUCGUAGUAUCGAAGAAUUUGCUUCAGAACUUAUGGAUAAACCGUCGAAAAAACCUUCUGCUUCAUCUAAAAAUACUUCCAAUCAUGUAGAUAAUACUACCUCACAAGAUACAACAACUGAUCCUUUAAAUAAUGAUGUUUCUGAUUAAAAUAAAUAUAACUCGUUAAUAUAUCGUUAAAUAUUGAUUUUAUAUG